AUGGCGGACGAGUCGUUUCACGUCAGGCUCGAGGAACGACUGAAAAUCAAAAUCGGGGAAGCCAAGAAUUUACCGGCCAGGACGGGUUCUUCCACCCAAAGAGAUUGCUAUUGCAUUCUAAGCCUGGACCAGGAAGAAAUAUUUCGUACCAGCACAGUAUGUCAAUCUUUAAGCCCGUUUUUUGGGGAGGAGUUCCAGUUCGAAGUACCUCGAUACUUCAGAUUCAUAUCCAUAUACGUCUACGACAGAGACAGGCACCUGAAACAGGACAAAAUCGUGGGGAAAGUGGCGAUAAAACGCGAGCAGUUGUCGAUGUACAACAACAAGGACUUCUGGUUCCCCAUUAAAGCCGUGGACGCGGAUUCCGAGGUGCAAGGCAAGGCGAACAUAGAAAUCAAGUUCGAGCCAAUCUACAGCAAACAUAACCCCACUUACACGAGCAACAGGAAGCUUCUGGUGCGCGUCCCCAAGUGCUUGGACUUGACUCUGAAGAACGGUUCGUGCGACCCGUACGCUCAAGUAAAAGUUAGCUACACGAAUGGCAAGUCGGUCAGCAAGAGGACUAAGGUUAGGAAAAAAACCAGGGAGCCGCAGUUCGAUGAGGUGUUUCAGUUUCUUAACAGUGACGAGAAGGAUUCCAUGCUGUGCAGUGGCGAUUGUGAGAUUUGUGAGUUGAAUGUGUCGAUUUGGCACGAUACGCCUGGGAUUGGGGACGAUGUGUUUUUGGGGGAGGUGAGGGUGCAGUUGAGGGGCAACCAGCAGCAGAAUGCUGCACACCAGAAUGCAUGGUAUUUUUUACAGCCCAGAUCGGGGAAAAACCGACCCAGUAUAACGAAUUCCACCCCUCCAGGGACAAGGCUUUCCGGCGAUAAUUCCUUGGGUUCUUUAAGGUUGCAAGUGCAGUACACCGAAGACAGGGUGUUUCCCGCCAGCGUGUACGAUAACCUCAAAAAUCUAUUGCUCGAAAGCAUCCACAUACAGCCUAUAACAGCGACGUCGGUGUACAUAUUAGGUGAAAUUAUAAAUAAAUUGGACAUAGCACAACCCUUGGUGAGAGUUUUUUUACACCACCAAGAAAUCGUCCCCAUCAUCAAAGAGCUAGCCAAUGUUGAAAUAGGAAACCUCACUGACCCCACGACGAUAUUUCGCGGCAACACGCUAGUCUCGAAAAUGAUGGACGAAGCGAUGCGCCUUAUUGGACUCCAGUACCUGCACAAAACCCUCCGGCCGACGCUGGAGCAAAUUUUCACCGAGCGAAAAUCGUGCGAGAUCGACCCGACGCGCGUCACCGACCAGAACACCGUGCGGCAGAACAUGGCAACGCUGAAGGGCUACAUCCAGAAAAUAUUCGACGCCAUCACGCAGAGCGCCGUCCACUGCCCGGCACUGAUGUGCCAGAUUUUCCACAACCUCAAAGAGUGCGCGCUCGCCUACUUUCCCGACAACAGGGCCGUACGCUACUCGGUCAUCUCGGGGUUCAUUUUUUUGAGGUUCUUCGCGCCCGCCAUCCUGGGGCCCAAGCUGUUCGACCUCACGACCCAGCAAAUUGACUGUCAAACAAACCGCACUCUAACGUUAAUAUCGAAAACCAUCCAGUCCCUGGGGAACUUGGUGAGCUGUAGAUCCAUACAGCAGGUCUGUAAGGAAGGAUACAUGGAACAAGUUUACAAAGAAUUUUACACGGAAAGUCAUCGGACGGCGAUGCGACAGUUUUUGGAAAUUGUUUCGGCCAAUACCUCGAAUCUGCAAACAAUUGACAAUGACACGCCUGUGACGCUAAAAGAAGGACUUAUGAUAAAAAGAGCUCAGGGUAGGAAACGUUUCGGAAGGAAAAAUUUCAAGCAGCGCUUCUUUAAAUUGACAACUCACGAUUUGAGUUAUUCCAAAAAUAGAGGCUCCCACGAAAAGCUUCCGCCCGCAGCUGGUUGCAUGCAUUUCACCGGUACGGUUGUUGCAGGGCGCGACGCCCUCUGUCGGAUACCGCUGUCGGACAUUUUGGCGGUGGAAAGGUUGGCCGAGACCUCUUUCAAAAUGAAGAACAUGUUUCAAAUAGUUCAGCCGCAGAGGGCGCUGUACGUGCAGGCGGCCAAUUGCGUCGAGGAAAAGGAGUGGGUGGAUUUGCUGAACAAAAUUUGCCAGACGAAUGCCAACAGGCUGAAGAAUUACCACCCUUGCGCGUUUAUUAAUGGCAACUGGUUGUGUUGCAAAUCGCCAAACGAACUGGCGCCGGGCUGUCGAGAGGUGUCUCGAUGCGACGGCAACUAUCACAUGACUCUAGACCCCGAAAGAGACCUGCAGCGCAUACAUUCUCUCAUUGUCGCGCAUCUGGACAUCUUCGACCGAACUUUGCAAAUGCUGCGCGACAACCCUGCGCAGGAGCCGAUCGCCAAAGUUCUAGCGCAGCUGCAAGACGCAGCUUACCAAAUCGAAUCCAGGCACAGGAGCUACAAGAGAACGCUGGACCGCAACACCAAAUACGGAAGCCUAGCUGCUCCAAUAGGAGACGACAACUACCUGUUGGCCUCGCGCAUGAAUCUCGACAACUCGAUUUUGCGACGUUGUAUCACGAGCGAAUCGAACGGCUCCUAG